AUGAAUGGAAAGAUUUGCAUCGUAAUCUUGUUCACUUUGUCGGUCGUCUCCCUGUGUCACUCUCUCCUCCUGCAAGUCGGUGAUGAUGAACUAAUUGCUGAAGUGAACAAACGAGUAAAUAAUCCUGAAAUCGACUUCGAUCUCGUACUACAAAAAUACAAUUUGACUUCGUUCCGAACUCUUCUUAUGAACGCAAAGCUGUUUGAUAGGCUGAAUGUUACAAACACGAGUUACACCGUAUUCGCGCCAACUAACAAAGCAAUCAUGAAUGCUAAAAGUUUGCUCUUGAACACCACUCGUCUGCCUGAAAUACUCAUGUACCACGUACAUCUGGGUGCUUUCCCUACAAGCAACAUAGAACAAAAUAUGAAGUUGAAAACAUUGCUUGGAGGUCAGAAGAAAAUAAGGUUCGAGAGGUAUAAAGGG